AAGCCAGGUAUAAAAGGUGCAGCCUCCUUCCACCUCCCACGCACUUGCUUCUUCCUCCUCGACACAGAAACAGAUAUUUGCAACGUCGUCGUCGUCGUCCCCAAUUUGCAUAAUAAUAAUGACGCCGGUCGCACUCUUGGUCCUUAGCGCUUGCAUCAUCGGAGCAGUAAAUGCACGACCACAAUCGGCCGAAGCUUCUGCAUCCGGCCGAGCAAUUCCCGGCCUUCCGAGAGAAUUCCAAAAUGUCAAUAUUGAAAAUUAUUUGAGGAAUGCCAAAGCGGUCCAAUUUCAAUUGAAAUGUGUCAUCUACGAUGGACCAUGUGACACCAUCGGAAAAUACUUGAAGCGCAACAUCGCCACCUGGCUUCGCACCCAGUGCGAGAAUUGUAACGACGAACAGAAAGCUCACGCCGGCAAACUGAUCAACUUUUUCCAGACCAAUUACCCGAAAGAGUGGGACGAUGCGGUCGCCAAGUUUGGCAAGGGUUCCUUCACCGACGAAGAAAUUGCCAGAUUCGAGGUGGAUCUCGGUGUCAAAAUUAUCCGUGAUCCGAACGCUCCCACCGCGGCGCCAGGGUCCAAACCAGACCACAAUAAAUUAGCAGAUCUCGCAAAGGAAGGCAUCGCCGUGUUGAAGUCGACAAAAGAACCACUCAUUUUGAAGAAAGAUUCCACCACGGAAAUUGUCCCGACAGCUUAAUUAUAAAAAAUUGGACAAGCAACUGAACAAGAAAUUGGGCUUUUUUUCAGCAAAUUUUUCUGCACAUUAAUUUCUUGCCACUUUUUUUUAAGUCAGGUACAUGGUAAAACUAAUUGGUUCAGUUUUUCAUCCUAUCCUGUACAACUCACUCUCCUUGUACCACUCUUCAAGCUGUGAUCGAUCUGAAUUACUGUCUUUCUUCCAUCUCGAUAAAUAAAUAAAAGAAAAAUAUGAAAGGUUUGAGAAUA